CCGCAAAAGAAUCAGCAAAAUAUUAACAUUUUCCUCUUAAUCUUAUAAUCAAGUUUCCUGAAAAAAAAAAUCUUAGAAUGGCAAAGAGUUAUACUCAUUCAUCUUCGAUGGUAGUAGCAGAGAAGAUCUCGUGGUACUGCGCGGUGUUUGCCGCCAUGAUGCUGCUGAUGAACUGCUGCAACGUGGCAGAGGAAGGUCCUACGGAGAUCACCGUGCAGCAGCAGCAGCAGCAGCCGUCGAUGAUGAUCGCUCAAUAUUCUCAUCGACGGCCACCAUGCGAAGAGAUAUAUGAGGUGAAAGAAGGAGAGACUUUGCAGACGAUAAGUGAAAAGUGUGGAGAUCCUUACAUCGUUGAAGGGAAUCCUCAUAUACAUGAUCACGAUGAUGUUUUCCCUGGUUUACUCAUCAGAAUCACUCCUUCUUUUUAAAAUCUCAAUUUCAUCUUUUAAUCUAUUUUGAAUUGUGUAGUAUUUAUGAUUACUCUCUGUCUCUCUAUCUGGAUGUUAUAGAUAGUUUGCUUCUCACAAGAAAUACCUAAAUACAAAGUCAU